AUGCAACUGAAUUUUUCUGGCUUGCCUCGAUCUCUCGUUAUAGUUUCUUCGUCUCCACCUAUUUGCACAGUACUUCAAACGGUCUGUCAAUUUUGAAAGAAAAUCUGGACUUGAACUUAUCAAAUCGCUAAUCCAGAUAAACCGCAAAAGCUAUUUGGCAGAAGAUUGGCUCGCCGGAAAAGAUGAGAGGUUAUUUGCGUAAUAAAAAAAGCUACUUGGAGGGAGGAAGAGCGUGGACGACUUUAUUCAUGGUCAGUUCAGAUGCAAUUGUUGCGGUAAACAAAGAGGGUAAUAUUUGCUCUAUGACUCCACCAUAAACAGUCAAAUGUGGGGAACAGGGCUGUUUGCCCAGCGGGUUGCCCUCCCCCAUUCUGCUGUGAUAUUUAAGGCCUUCGUUAAUUAGACGAAAAGCCCGGGGAGAGGAUUGCUGUUGGUCUUCAGCCUGUUAUUUCUUUUAAAACCGAGAACUCCACACGAGCUCUCCGUCCAGUUAUGGCUCUCUCAGUUGCUGGCUCAUGUUGGACAGUAAGAUGAAUCCAAAGGAAACCACGGAGUCUCCCACUUUUCUAAUACCGAGCUUUUCAGAUUUCUUCUAGGCUGUUCCCUUACAGCAGUUCUCACUUGACGGCAAGGUGCGGAACGAAGUGCGAGACGUGGGUCAAGGUGUCACCCAGGUAGACUACUUGAAGGCGCAUGGACCGAUUGGUUUGGGGGUGGCGCUCACGAUCGAUGACGACGAAGAGAUGUACGGAUUUACCCACCCCAGUAGGAGUGAAAUAUAG